UAAAAAAAUUAAUUAAACUCUGCAUGACCAAAGUGAGUAUGUGUGUGUGUAAGAGUUGGGGAAAUUAUUAAGGAAGAAGAAAGCGAAAACAAAAAUUGUUUCAGGAAAAAAAAAAAAAAAAAAAGCAUUGGAAAAGACGACAACUUAUGCAAGGUUUUUAUGAUGAAAACGCCAUAGCAGCUUGCGUCUUUAGAAGUUUAACAAGCAGGUCCAAAGAGAGUGAAAGGCAAAUACAGAAACCCAACUCCAGUUGAAUUCUGAAAGCUCGGGAAAGAAGAAAAAGAAAAAGAAAAAAUGGGUCUCAAAAUUGCGGGGCAAAUAGAGAAGGUGAAUGGGAAAGAACUGAGUUACAGGGAGUUCGUGGAGAGGUACAUGGAGAAAAACCAGCCUGUUGUGCUGACAGGUCUCAUGGACGAUUGGAGAGCUUGCAAGGACUGGGUCACCCUCAAUGGACAGCCAAAUCUUCAAUUUUUCACAACCCACUUUGGCAAAUCCAGAGUACAGGUUGCAGAUUGUGGUGGUAGAGAAUUCACCGAUCAGAAGAGGGUAGAAUUGUCUGUUUCUGAGUUUGUUGAUCAGUGGCGUGAGGAUUCAGUGCCAGAGGGCAGGAAUGGUUCUACUCAUGUAGUCCGAGGCAAGCCAUUGCUAUAUUUGAAGGACUGGCAUUUUGUAAAGGAGUACCCAGAAUAUAUAGCAUACACAACUCCGCUGUUUUUUUGUGAUGAUUGGCUCAACCUGUAUCUCGACAAUUAUCGUAUGCAUAAAGAUCCUGAUAUUUACUCAGGGAAUAAUGAAAUAAGUUGCUCUGACUAUCGUUUUGUUUACAUGGGAGCAAAAGGAACUUGGACUCCUCUUCAUGCUGAUGUUUUCAGGUCAUACAGUUGGUCAGCAAAUGUAUGUGGCAAGAAAAGAUGGUUUUUUCUGUCUCCUUCUCAUAGCCAUCUUGUUUUUGACAGAAACAAGAAAAGCUGUGUGUAUAAUAUCUUUGAUGAUGUUGACGAAACAAAAUUUCCUAGUUUUAACAAGGUUAUCUGGUUAGAGUGCAUUCAAGAACAAAAUGAAAUUAUCUUUGUGCCUAGUGGAUGGUACCAUCAAGUUCAUAAUCUGGAAGAUACAAUUUCAAUAAACCACAACUGGUUCAAUGGCUAUAACCUUUUUUGGGUAUGGGACCUGCUUUUAAGGGAUUAUAAUGAGGCUAAGGAGUACAUAGAAGAUAUCAAGGAUAUUUGUGAUGAUUUUGAAGGUCUGUGCCAACGCAAUCUUGCUGCCAACACAGGCAUGAACUUUUAUGACUUCUUAAUAUUCUUAGCACACAUGUCAUUGGCCAACUUGGUUCAUCUUUGCAAAGUAUUUAGAGGAACAGAAAAUUGCGUCUGGAGUUUAUCCCCUAUGGCUCAGCAAUUAACUUUUAACCUCACGUCUAUCCAAAAGAUUGCACUAAAGAUGAAAGCCACAGAAGAGCUGACAAGAAAUUAUCGCUUCCAUUUGGACUUUAGGGAUACUCUAGAUGAUCCCGAGUUUGGUAAACUUUGCUCGGUUUUGGGCAGAACAUAUGAGCAGAUACAUAAGCAGCAGAGAUUUGAUUGUCAAACAAAAGAAGGUUCUAUCAAUGCUAUAAGGGACUUGAAUAUCAUAGGAACUUGCACUUCUCAGGACUGUACAAAUCCUGAAGAUCUUGUUAAAUUUAUUGAUCAUGCUAUUGUUUAUCUCAGAGGCAUUUAUGGUGAAGAAAAUGUUUAGCAAAUUCAAUGGUCUUUAGCCAAUUCCGUGAUAAUUGAUGGCUGAUAUAAGAUGGCCCUUGAAAACUACUGGUAUCAAAGAAUUAUGAAGACGCAUCUUCUCCAGAUUAUAGAUCUGAAGAAAGCAGUGGUGGUGAGAGAUAGUGAUACUUAUGAUGCAAGUUUGCUUAAAGAUGAGGUCCUAAUAACACUAUAAAAGUAUAAAUGGUUGGAAAGCCCUUCCCUAUUCCUUUUUUUGGUCAUAUUAUUCAAGGAUCUCAACAAAGCUGAAUCCACAUGUACCCUUCAUUCAAUAAAAGUAUCCCUUUUUGCGCUUGUGCUUUUUUUGGGUUAUCGAGUCUUUGCUUUUUUGUAUUUUUUUGUUUUGGAUUGACAUGCAAUUAGUUUAUUUUGGUGAAUAAGCCAGUUCAUUAUCA